AUGGCCUCCCGCCGUGCCGCCGCGUGGCUGGGGCUCGUGCUGGCCGGCAGCCUCUGGGCGCUGCAUCGCAGCCGGUCAGAGGCGGCAGGAGCAGCGUUAGUUGACGCCUUCGGUGCGUCCGAGGAGCGGCAGUACAACUUGCAGCAACUGGAGGAGGCACCUCGGAGGCUCAAAGCGCUGCCCCAGAGCUCUCACAAGGCAAGAUCUGCGUAUGCCGGCGAUCUGGGGGGGGGGAUGCGGGGUGGGAAGGCUGGCGAGGGACGGUGGCGGUGCACGCCGACUAAGGACGCCAACCACCGUGUGUGCGAGUAUUCCAGCCUCAUCGUGCACCGUGGUACCGCCUACUACCUGACCGAUGACCAUUCCCUCGAGCUGCCUGCCGUGGAUGUGACCUAUCACCCAGCACCAGAUGAGAAGUACGCGCCCACCGUGCUGCACCGCAGCCAGGCGGGCUUUCUGCUGGAGGGGGAGAAUGAGUGGUUCAGGGUGCCCCUGUCCUGGCUUUGGAAGGUGACCAAGCGGUGGGACAACCUGGCCCAUCACUUUGGAGAAGACGUGGUGACGCUGCACAACACGCUGUGCCGGCACCUGGGGGAGUGCACCUACCCGCCACGGCGCGAGGUGCAGCUCUUCCUGCUGCACUCGCGGGAGCAGGGCGCCCUGCUGGCGCCAGUCAACGCCACGCAGGCGCGCUGCGUCACUGGCUGGCCGGCCGUUUAUCGCGACGACCCGCGGCUGGAGAGCAAGACGCUGCUUCUGGAGAAGGCUUGGUCUGGUAUCGGGCCAGAGUGCCACUCCCAGCGAGGCUGCGCCAGUGAAACUGAGUUCGGCGCGAUACGGAAGGACAAGCGAGCCGGCAUGCCGGCGGCGGCGCUCCAGAGCUGGCGGGAGCGGCUGGGGGCGUGCUAUGGCUUGGACGUGCACACGCCUGCCCGGGUGCAGGGCAAGACUGUCCUGAUUGUCGACAGGCCCUAUGAAGCAGGCCGCCACAUGCUCAACGUUCGCAGCGUGGAGAAGUUUGUGCGGGAGCGCUUCCCCGGGGACGACGUGCGGCUGCAGUACUUUGAGGACGUCCCCUUCCCUGACCAGCUGCGCAUCAUCAGCGGCGUCAGCAUCCUGGUCAUGGUGCACGGCUCAGCCAUCGCCCUGUGGCCCUUCCUGCCCCCCAAGGCGGUGGCCAUCCACAUCUCGCCAGACAUUGAGAGCGCCCACUCCCUGCAGCGCGUGUGGGCAGAGGCAUACGCACGUGACUGGGGCUUCACGGGGCUCACUUUUGUGCCCCUCAACAACUCCGACCCCAGCCGCCAGCACAUGCGCUGGGAGGUCAUCUCCAAGCAGGAUCAGUACCAACAGCUGAGCAGCAAGGAAAAGAUUACGCUUCUGGAAACGGGGGAGUGCCCCGAGCAGCUCAGCCAAUUGUGCACCUUCCAUUGGAAGCGGCAAGAGCUGAGCCUGGUGGUGGACCUGUCGCACCUGGGCUGGGCGCUGGAUACCGCCGAAGCCAGCCUGAACCUGUCGAGUCUUAUUCAGGACAUUGGCCUGCUAGAAGGGUCCCGGGAUCUGCUAAGCAGCCGCUCGGCGCGGCCGCUGGUGCGGAAGGCACCGCUCCCGCCCUGUGCCCCGCUCAACUGCAGCGUGCCAGUCGGCGAGGCGUCGCCCUUUGCGGACAGCUGUGUGCGGCUCCAGGACGUCUGCCUGGACCAGGGUCGCAUCAUACUUUAUGAGUCCAAGUAUAGGCCUGAGGGGGGCAACGGGCCUCCCAUAGGACUGCCAGACUUGGUGCCAGACCCGCAGCAGACAGCCUUUUACCUCCACUAUUGGCGCAUGGGCAAUGCAGACUUGAAGUGGGGCCUGCCAGCGGUCCCCACGAGGCCGGCCAGCGCCACCGAGCCUCGCCAGUACCUGGACCAGCCCUCCUUCUCCACCUGCACGGUUCCGGUGCUGUUCUACCAGCACAAUGCCUUCAACUUUGCGCACACGUUUAGAGACAAUGCCGCUCGUUUUUUUAGCGCCCUGAGGGAAACACCCUGGGCGGGGCAUGUGAAGGUCCUGCUGCAGACGGGCGGCGGCCUGGCCUUCUCUUUCAUGAACCUGGCCCUGUGGCAGCCACUCAGCAACAUGAGCGUAGAAUCGCUGGCAGAUUCCUCUGUGCGGCUGGCAGAUGACCAGGCAAGAGGGCACGCAGCGCCUGCUGUGUCUGUUGCUGUCGGGGCAGGACAGUUGGCCUGGCGCUGCUGUCUUUGGCACCCCUGCUGCUGCAUUCUACUACAGCUGGCGGCCAUGCAUAUUGGCAAGCGCCCCGUCGGCCGGAACCAGCUGCCGCCCAGCUACGAGGGGACCCAGCAGCGAUGCUUCAAGUCCAUGUAUGUGUGCCUGCACGACAUUAACACGCGCACCUGGCAGCUACACGAGUACGGCCAGAUGCUGGUGCGCCACUAUGGCGGCGACGCACUGGUCCUGGCCAUGCCCCAGACGCAGCCGCCCGGCCAGCAAGGCAGCACGCUUCUUCCGCCGCCGGUGUCGGUGCUCAAGCAGCUGAACAAGGCACCCAAAGGCGGCAGCCAAAAGGCAGCGGCGGCGGCGGAGCAGGUGGUGCGCGUCGUCUUCCAGAAGCGCGGCGGCGACCCCCGCCUGCUGACCGACCGCCAGCUCAUCAACUCAAAAGAGCUGGUGGAGCGGUGCAACGCGUGGCGCUACACAGCGCCCUCUGGCGCCCGCGUCCGCGCGCUGUGCUGGGAGGUUGAGUUGAGCACCCUAGAGGUUGGGAUUGCGGCGGCGCACCAGGCAGACAUCUUCAUAGGAGCCCACGGCGCCAACAUCGCCAACGCGUGGCUCAUGCGCCCCGGCAGCGCCAUCGUGGAGCUGACGAUGUUUGAGUUUGAGGAGAAUCAGCCGCACCUGAAUCUGGCUGAGCGCAACAUGAAGGAUGCCGACAGCCAGGUACAGUUUUACAAGCUGCUGCUUUGCGAUCCCAGGGGCUCGUGGACGCCCGGCUGGAGGGAGGGCAAGGAGCGGGAGCGGGGCGCUACCGAGGGCGAGAGCUGGUCCAAGUAUCGCAACCUGGUUGUGCGCUGGCCGGCGCUGCGGGCUGUGCUGGAGGACAUUGUGAAGGUGGGAGGCGACAUGCAGCUGUACCGCCAGUUGUUCCAGGACGGCCGCUGGUGGUGGCUCAGCAGCGCCACGCAGACAGUCUAUGCGGGCCCCGACCUGCAUAUGACGUGCAAGACAGCAAGAGAGCAGGGCGUCAUCCAGUGA